AAUCCUCUCUACUUUUCCAAUCCUCUCUUUGUUUUUCCCUCUAUUUGAAAUUUUUCCCACCAUACAAAAGACACAUAAAUAACAUGUAUAAGGGAAUUAAGGAAGACCUAAUGGCAGAGUUCCAGGAAUCCUUCAAUUUCUUUGACAAAGAUGGUGACGGUUGCAUUACAAUAGAAGAAUUGGCAACAGUGAUCAGAUCUUUGGAUCAUAACCCUUCUAAAGAAGAACUUCAGGAUAUGAUCGAUGAAGUGGAUACCAAUGGAAAUGGAACCAUCGAAUUUUCCGAAUUUAUUAAUCUCAUGGCCAAGAAAAUUAAGGAAACUGAUGAAGACGAGGAGAUAAAAGAAGCAUUCAAGGUGUUUGAUAAGGACCAAAAUGGUUAUAUCUCUGCCAGUGAGGUGAGUUGAUUAAUUAGAAGUAAUAUAUAUUUUUACUAAAGGUUUUUUAAUAGAUAGAUUCUUCGAAGAUCCGAAGUAUAUUUAAUUUCCAUAUAAAAUAAUUACAUAUGUUUAUCAUUAAAUAAAUUUGUUUGCAAAAUUUUGACUUCUUAAAUUUAGUGAUCUACUAUAGUCUAUAGUAACUUUAGUCAUAAUACUUUAUGUUAAUUUUUUAUGCCUAAUAAGUGAUCAUGAUGCCAUUAUAUAUACUAUGAUAACUUUUUUGAACGAAGUACUAUAGUAGCUUAAAAUCAUAUUUUUGUAAAUAAAUAUUAUUCAUUUUAAGGAAAACUCACUUUCUAUUUACUAUAUUAAUGUGUGGUUGAUUAGGUUAAUAAGAAGUCAAACAUGAAAGUCGUCUUUCCUACCUAUCUAUUUGACUUAUCAACUGGUUAAACUAUAUACUUACGAAACAAUAUUUUAUUUAAUGGAUUAGAAAAUGCGAUGAGCAAGCUAAACCACACGUUAUAUCCCUUAUUUAUCAUAAAAUGAAUAAUUAUUAAAUGAGCCUAUAAGCGUGUAUGUUUCAAUUCAACCAGCUUUUUCAUUCUUUUAGCCACAAGUCAUAAUGUAGCUGAAAGUUGUUUAAUGCACUAAUACUUACAGACAAAUGUAUACCUAUAUAUAUAAAACGGGCUCUAAGACUAAUUCAUUAAUUACAUUAAAUAAAGAACGUUAGUCAAUCAAUGCCUUUUUAGUUAAUAAUGAAAAUGAAACAGUGAGAAUAUAAAACGUAUACUUUUUUACCCCGGGGUCAAGGUUGGGGGAAGCCUUCUGGGAUAAACCGGGUUCAAAUUCCCUCCCUGGAGACUGAAGCUUCGAACCUGAACUUCUCAUAUGAGAGAGUGAGCCGGCGACAAGUUGAGCUGUACCGCCUACUCAAAAAAUGUAUACUAGCUUCCGAACUUCAUUUUUUGCGUGGUUGUGUAUCCUUUUUGGAUAUUUAUUCAUAACAACAAUAAAAUUCAAGUCUUAAUUCUAAAACAUUUUGGGGUGACUUUUUUUCAUAACGAAAUAAAAAGAAUAUGUUAACUGUUUAUUUAUUUAUGAUUUUUUCCGUUAAAGUAACAAAUCUUUUGACUUAACAUAACAAGCAAUGUUUUUACUAGAACAAACUAGCAAUAUAUAUAUAUAUAUAUAUAUAUAUAUAUA